UUGAGAAGUAAGUUUGAUUUAAAUCAUUAUUUUCUGUUUUUUUAUAAAACUAUCCAGAUAGUGAAUAUAUUGUGUAAAAUCUGUGCUUGGGUUGAAUAUUUUUCGAUAAAAUGACGAAUCGAACGAAUAGAGCUUUGGAAUAUUACAAUGAUUAUAUUGACUGCACACAAAACUUGCCUUUAGACGUACAGCGGCAUGUAACGCAGAUGCGUGAAUGUGACUUGGAGUACCAAGAAAUGUUGUCAAAGAUCAAAGAACUAACAGACAAUUUUGAUGGUUCUAUGUCUACAUUAAAUUCUGAAAAAUUGACAAAGUUAUUAGUAACUGGUUUAAAUAUAGGGGAUAAAAAGGUGCAAACAGUUCAACAUAUAUCUGAUUUAGUGGAUGAUAAAGUCAGACGAUUAGAAAAUGGUAGGAAAUAUUUGACUUCUACUAAAGAACCUGAUGCUCCCAAGCCUAGCAUCAAAGAAAAACUAGAGAGUGGUAAUUGUUCCAAAGAACGAUGUUUACCUAGCACUAGUACUAGUACUGUUUCUAAAGAACUGAAAAAACGCAACACUGAUAACGAUAGUAAUGAAUCUAAUAAUGAUGCAAAACUUGCAAAACGGCCGCGACGUAACAGAGCCGAUGAGCCAGAUUACAAAGAAAUUUCUGAUGAUGUAGUGGCAUUAUCAGUCUUACAACAUUCCAACACACCUUUACCGAGAGCCACAGCAACAGCGCAAGUACAAUCUCAAGUAACGUUGAAGAAAGUAGCUCAAAAAACAGAAACAAAAACCAAAAAGAAGGGAAAAUACAAGAAACAACAAAAGGAUAAUUCACCGUCAUUGGAUGAUGAUGAUGAGAUAGCUGUUGAUCCAGAUGAACCAACCUAUUGUCUUUGUGAUCAGAUUUCAUACGGAGAAAUGAUAUGUUGUGAUAAUGAUUUAUGUCCAAUAGAAUGGUUUCAUUUUUCAUGUGUUUCAUUAUCAACAAAACCAAAAGGCAAAUGGUUUUGUCCUAAGUGUCGUGGAGAUCGUCCAAAUAUUAUGAAGCCUAAAGCACAGUUUCUCAAGGAACUUGAACGAUACAAUAAAGAAAAAGAAGAUAAAGCUUAAGAUUUUGUUUUUAACAUAAACAAAAAUUUACUUAAUUUAACUUGAUGUUUACUGAUAUCUA